AUGAUUACCCCUUCAGAUUCAAAUCCCUGCAACGAAUUUCUUUCUCCAUUGAUAAAGCAAAGCAAAACGCCAUCAUUGUUCGGUGUGGAGGCAUACGUGGAAUUCCAGCAGCUUCCGUUCAUGAAUAUAUUGAAUUUAGGGAUUAAUUUAAGGUUAAGUGGGGGAGGAGGAGAAAAGGCAAAUUUGCAACAGCUGGAUCUAAAAAUCGCUACAAGAAUUCAAGCUUCUGCUUUGUGUUCCACUGCUUUGGCUACGGGUUCGAAUCCUAACGUUGUUGUCACCAGAGAACGUGGCAAAAACGGCAAGCUCAUUGAUUCUCUGGCAAAACAUGGAAUUGACUGUCUCGAGCUUCCUCUCAUUCAGCACAAGCAGUUGCCUGAUUAUGAUAGACUUCCUUCUGUAUUGAGUGACACUGCAUUUGACUGGAUUGUCAUAACUUCACCUGAAGCCGGUCUGGUUUUUCUUGAUGCUUGGAAAGCUGCUGGAUCUCCGAAAGUUAAGGUUGGAGUGGUGGGAGCUGGUACAGCAAGUGUAUUUACUGAAGUUUUGCGGUCCUCAAAGCAAUAUCUCGAUGUUUCCUUUGCACCAUCUAAAGCAACUGGUAAGGUUCUUGCUUCAGAGCUUCCAAAGCAAGAGAAUAGAAGGUGCACUGUCUUAUAUCCUGCUUCAUCAAAAGCUAGUGCUGAGAUUGAGGAAGGCCUUGCUAAGCGUGGAUUCGAGGUUACUAGGCUUAAUACGUACACAACGACACCUGUCAGUCAUGUGGACCAAAGGGUUCUUGAACAGGCACUUUCUGCUCCUGUUGUUGCUGUAGCAUCACCUUCUGCAAUUCGUGCUUGGGUAAGUCUUAUCCCAAAAUCACUAAAGUGGAGCAAUUCUGUUGCAUGUAUUGGUGAGACAACUGCCUUAGCAGCUAAAAAUCUGGGCUUGCGGAAUGUGUAUUUCCCUACAAAUCCUGGCCUUGAAGGGUGGGUUGAUAGCAUUUUAGAAGCCUUGCAAGUUCUACCCGAUCAGGUCUUCCAGAUCCCUUGGUAA